AUGAUGUGUUGGAAGGUCCUGAGAAUAAGCCUGGUGGUCCUGGCUGGGUGGACAUUCAGUACCACCAACUCAGAGCUGGGCUGGACACGCAAGAAAUUCCUGGCCCAGAAGGAACACCUGAACCAGGUGCUGUUGGAAGGGGAACGCUGUUGGCUGGGGUACAAGGUUCGAAGACCUAGAACUGCUCCACAGCGUCAUCUCUUUGGGGUCUACCCAAGCCGCCUCGAAAACUACCUAAGGUCCUAUCCUGUGGGGACGCAGCAAACUAAGUAUGCAGAAUGGAGUCAGCGAAGCACAGAGAGACAGGCUCUGAGUGGUGUUCAUCCAGACUUGACUGAAAACCCAGCAGGAGCGAGGAGAGAGGCUGAGCAGCCAGCUGCCCCGUGGGUAGGGGAUGGUCCUAUUGGGCAAUCGCAGCUGCUGAGAGAUGAUGACACUUAUCUUGGCAAGGGAAGAUCUAAGGAGGCUCUAGGUGAGUCUGCAACUCGGGGAAGCUCAGAAACUGCUGUCUCCACCAUUGCCACCUUUGCAUACCAGAAGGGACCCACAGCAGAGACCCAGAGGAAGGGCCAAUCCAAGUCUAGGCUUCCUCGCCAAGUGCAGAAGAGGCAGGCAGAAGAUAUGACCAGAGACCCCCAGAAUACCCCUCAAGAUUUUCAGCUUCGGCCUAAAGACCCCCUUAAGCACGGAGAUAGUGACAGUCCAUUGGAGGGCACCAUCCAAAAUGGUGGAGGGGCCUCUGCCCAGGGAGUAGAGACCUUUAACCCCCAAGGAGGAUUGCCUGUACUGUAUUUCUCUGGGAAGAGGGAGCGGCUGUUGCUGCGUCCAGAAGUGCUGGCUGAGAUUCCCCGGGAGGCGUUCACAGUGGAAGCCUGGGUGAGACCAGAGGGAGGACAGAGCAAUCCAGCCAUCAUUGCAGGUGUGUUUGAUAACUGCUCCCACACAGUCAAUGACAAGGGCUGGGCCCUGGGGAUCCGUUCAGGGAAGGACAAGGGGCGGAGAGAUGCUCGCUUCUUCUUUUCCCUCCGCACUGACCGGAUGAAGAAAGCCACUAUUGUGACUGGCCAUAGCCGCUACCAGCCAGGUAUGUGGACUCAUGUGACAGCCACUUACGAUGGACAGCAUAUAGCUUUGUAUGUGGAUGGCACUCGAGUGGCUAGUAGUUCUGACCAGUCUGGUCCACUGAAUAGCCCUUUCAUGGCAUCCUGUCGCUCUCUACUCCUGGGAGGGGACAGCUCCGAGGAUGGGCAUUAUUUCCGUGGUUACCUGGGCACACUGGUCAUCUGGUCGACCGCCCUUUCACAAAUCCACCUCCAGCACAGUCCCCAGCAUCCAAGUGGAGCAGAUGAGUUGACCACCCUGAUCCUGACAGCCACUUUCGAUCCUCUGAAGGAACAGUGGGCUCCAUUUAGAGAUGAAACAUAUCCCCGGCUGGAGGUUCUCCAGGACUCUGCGUCACAGCCUGAGAUUCUGUCACCUUUACAGCCCCCACCUUGUGGGCAAACAGCUUGUGACAAUGUGGAACUCAUCUCCCAGUACAAUAGGCACGGGCCCCUUCGCAGCAAGAAAGUGAUCCGCUACCAGGUGGUAAACAUCUAUGAUGAUGAGGGGCUCCAUCCCAUUGUGAGUGAUCAUCAGAUCCGCCGUCAGCAUGAGGCCCUGAACGAGGCCUUCAGCCGCUAUAACAUCAGCUGGCAGCUUAAUGUCCACCGGGUCCACAACUCUACCUUGCGCCACCGGGUUGUUCUUGUUAAUUGUGAGCCCAGCAAGAUUGGCAAUGACCACUGUGACCCUGAGUGUGAGCAUCCACUCACCGGCUUCGAUGGGGGCGAUUGCCGCCUGCAGGGACGCUGCUACUCCUGGAAUCGCAGGGAUGGCCACUGUCACGUGGAAUGCAACAACAUGCUGAAUGAUUUUGAUGAUGGGGACUGCUGCGAUCCUGAAGUGACUGAUGUCCGAAAGACUUGCUUUGACCCUGACUCACCCAAGAGGGCAUACAUGAGUGUGAAAGAGCUAAAGGAGAUCUUGCAGCUCAACAGUACUCACUUCCUCAAUGUCUACUUUGCCAGUUCAGUUCGGGAAGACCUUGCAGGUUCUGCCACAUGGCCCUGGGACAAAGAAGCUCUCAGUCACCUGGGUGGUGUCGUCCUCAACCCAACCUAUUAUGGCAUGCUUGGUCACACCAACAUCAUGAUUCACGAGGUGGGACAUGUCCUGGGACUCUACCAUGUAUUCAAAGGAGUUAGUGAAAGAGAAUCCUGUGAUGAUCCCUGUAGAGAGACAGUGCCAUCCAUGGAGACAGGAGACCUGUGUGCUGACACUGCUCCUACGCCCAAGAGCAAGCUGUGUCGGGACCCAGAUCCAGCUAAUGACACCUGCGGCUUCACCCUCUUCCCAGGAGCUCCAUUCAAUAACUACAUGAGCUACACAGAUGACGCGUGCACUGACAACUUCACCCCCAACCAAGUGGCCCGGAUGCAUUGCUACUUGGACCUCGUAUACCAGCAAUGGAGUGAAAGCCAAAAGCCCACCCCCAUACCCAUACCACCCAUGGUUAUUGGGCAAACUCACAAGUCCCUCACUAUCCAUUGGCUGCCUCCUAUCAGCGGAGUUUUGUAUGACAGGGUCCCUGACUGUAUGUGUGGCACCUGUACUGAAGAUGGCACAUUCCGUCAGUAUGUAUACAAGGCAUCCUCUGGGCGGGUGUGUGACUCUUCAGGUUACUGGACUCCAGAGGAGGCUGUGGGGCCUCCGGAUGUCGAUCAGCCCUGUGAGCCUAGCUUGCAGGCCUGGAGUCCUGAGCUCCACCUGAACCACAUGAAUAUGACCGUGCCCUGCCCAGCAGAAGGCUGCAGCUUGGAGCUGCUUUUCCAAUAUCCGGUCCAAGCGGAUACUCUCACCCUCUGGGUCACUUACCUCUCCGUGAACUCUUCCAAGGCAUUCUUUGACAUAGAGAUCUUGCUAGAACACAAAGAAUCUAUGCACCUUGGGCCCUUAAACACUUUUUGUGACAUACCGCUCACCAUCAAACUCCACGUGGAUGAGAAGGUCAUGGGAGUGAAAGUCUAUACCUUUGAUGAACGAAUGGAAAUUGAUGCUGCUCUCUUGACUUCUCGACCCAAUAGUUCCUUGUGUUCUGGAUGCAGGCCUGUGAGUUACCAGGUUCUCCGAGAUCCUCCUUUUUCCAGUGGCUUGCCCAUGGUGGUGACACAUCCACAUAGAAAGUUCACAGAUAUGGAGGUCAUCCCCGGGCAGAUGUAUCAGUACCAAGUUCAAGCUGAAGCUGGAGGGGAACUUGGAGAAGCUUCACCUCCUCUGAGCCAUGUUCAUGGAGGUCCUUACUGUGGAGAUGGAAAGGUAGAAAGGAGACUGGGAGAAAUGUGUGAUGAUGGAGACCUGUUGAACGGAGAUGGGUGCUCAAGAGCAUGUGAACUGGAGGAAGGCUUCAGUUGUGCAGGGGAGCCAAGCCUUUGCUACAGGUAUGAGGGAGAUGGGAUUUGUGAAGCUUUUGAGAAGGAAACAAUCAUCAUAGACUGUGGCCUCCAUACUCCUGAAGGAUAUUUGGACCAGUGGGCUAGCCAGGCAUAUUCCUACCAUGAAGACAAGAAGAAGUGUCCUGUUUCUCUGGUAACAGGAGAACCUCAUUCAAUGCUUUGUACUUCACACCACCCGGAUUCCCCCUAUCAUCUCUUUCCUGGCUGGUUUCCCUGUGUCUUCAGUCUGAAGAAAGACCAAGAUUCGGGCAGUGAGCAGUCUAAAGAUAACCUUCAAAAGGACAGUGAAAUUUGGCUUGAAGUGUGUUUCGAAAGGCCUGGAGUUGCAGAAGCAAUUUUCAUUUUCUUGGCAUCUGAUGGCCUGACUCUUGGGGAACAUCAGCAGGCAACAGUGACCCUUUACUUGAUUGAUGUCAGUGGAAGCAACCACUCUCUUGGAACCUAUGGACUGUCAUGUCAACAUAAUCCACUGGUUAUCAAUGUGAGCCAUCAUGCGAAUGUCUACCCCCAAUAUACCUCCGCCAUGCUGCUGAAUUUUUCAUCCCCACUGGUGGGUAUCUCAGCAGUAGCUCUAAGGACAUCCUCCCAGACCAGUUCUUCAGUUCCCAGUAACUGCAUCGCAGAACAAACUCAUCAGGGGAAGAGCUGUGCUCAACAACCUUGUGGAGAACAGGGAAGAUGUGUGCCAUUGCUACUUGAUCAUACAGACAUGGUGAAUUGUACCUCCAGUAGCCCAGGUUACAUGGAGUGUGCUAUCACUUGUCAAAGAGGGUAUGUCCUUCAGACCAGCAGUGGGCAGUACCUCAGGAACAUGCAGAAAGAGAUUCUUGUCAUUUGUUCCUCUGGCCGCUGGGACAAGGAUGUGAACUGCAAACGUCUUGACUGUGGUGUCCCAGACUCAUCCUUGGUGAAUUAUGCAAACUUCUCCUGCUUGGAGGGUACAGACUUUCUGAAACGCUGUUCCAUCUCAUGUGUCCCACCAGCCAAGCUCCAAGGACUGAACCCAUGGCUGACAUGUCUUGAAGAUGGACUCUGGUCUCUCCCUGAAGUCUACUGCAAGUUGGAAUGUGAAGCUCCUCCAGUUAUUCCAAAUGCCAAUCUGCUCCUGCCACAUUGCCUGGAAGGCAACCAUGAUGUGGGCACCAUCUGCAGAUAUGAAUGCAAACUGGGCUACUAUGUGAAGGAGAGUUCAGGAAGUCAAGGCAAGAACAAGUUCCUGAAGAUCCAGUGCUUGGAUGAUGGAACCUGGGAACAAGGGAACUGUGUCCCUGUGGUUUGUGAGCCUCCUCCUCCUGUUUUUGAAGGCAUGUAUGAAUGUACUGAUGGCUUCAAGCUGGACAGCCAGUGUGUGCUCAACUGUAACCAGGAAACGGAAAGGAUUCCCAUCCUCUGCACUAAAGAGGGGUUGUGGACCCAGGAAUUCAAGUUGUGCGAAAACCUGCAAGGAGAAUGUCCACCACCCACUUCAGAGCUGAAUUCUGUGGAGUAUAAGUGUGGACAGGGAUAUGGGAUUGGUGCAGUGUGCUCCCCAUCAUGUGUAAUCCCCCCUAAUGACCCUGUGAUACUACCGGAGAAUGUGACUACUGACACUUUGGAGCACUGGAUGGAACCUGUCAAAGUCCAGCCUUUCCAAGCAGAUGGUUGGUGUGACACUAUCAAUAACCGGGCCUACUGCAACUAUGACGGGGGAGACUGCUGCUCUUCCACACUCUCUUCCAAGAAGGUCAUUCCAUUUGCUGCUGACUGUGACUUGGAUGAAUGCACCUGUCGAGACCCCAAGGCAGAAGAAAACCAGUAA